AUGGCGCAAAAUCAGCAAAGGACGGAGGCAACCAUUAUGCAAAAUCGGCAAAGAACGGACUCCGAAAUGCAGGAUAUAAGGAAUCAGAUAAGUCAAAUGGCCACAACAAUCAACCGUUUGGAUUCCCAGAACCAGGGUAAAUUGCCAUCUCAACCCGAAUUAAAUCCGAAGAACGUGAGCGCAAUGACCCUAAGGAGCGGGAAAGAAAUUCAGGGGCCUGAACCUGUGAUCCCUAAGGAUAAGGAUGAGGAAAAGAUCGAAAAUGAGCUUGAAAGGGAGGACAGAAAUGGUGCAGAUCUAAAGGUACUUCCUGACCCAGUAAUUACAGCUAAAACUAACCCGCCUCCUUUUCCUAGCAGGUUGGAAAAAUCGAAGAAACAGGAUAAGGAGAAGAAGAUCUUGGAGGUUUUUCGCAAGGUUGAGAUAAAUAUCCCCCUCUUAGACGUAAUCAAACAAGUACCAAAAUAUGCCAAGUUUCUAAGGGACUUGUGUGUCAACCGAAGGCGGUUGAGGGGAGAUGAACGGGUUAUUGUUGGGGAAAAUGUGUCUGCGGUCCUGCAGAGGAAGCUUCCACCCAAGUGCGGGGACCCAGGUCCAUUAAAAGAAACUGUAAUAAUCAUUCAAUUAGCUGACCGAACUAAUGCAUAUCCUGAUGGGUUGGUUGAAGAUGUGUUGGUGAAAGUUAAUGAUUUGGUGUUUCCAGCUGAUUUUUAUGUACUUGAUAUGGAUGAUGAUCACUCCUCCGAUCUCUCACCUUUGUUGUUAGGUAGACUCUUUAUGAGCACAGCAUAA